AUGGCCAUUCAACGCAUGCUUAGACGCUCUUUAUCAUCCGAGAAAAGGUCGAACGAAAAAGGAGUCAAUUUAGUCUCAAAAGGACAUUUUGCUGUUUAUGUUGGGGAAAAUGAUGAAAAGAAGAGAUUUGUUAUUCCGGUUUCGUAUUUGAACCAUCCUUUAUUUCAAGAGUUGCUUUUUCAAGCCGAAGAAGAAUUUGGUUUCGAUCAUCCUAUGGGAGGACUCACUAUUCCGUGCAGUGAAGAUUUACGCUCUUUAUCAUCCGAGAAAACAUCGAAAGAAAAAGGACUCGAAGUCCCAAAAGGCCACUUUGCUGUUUAUGUUGGGGAAAAUGAUGAAAAGAAGAGAUUUGUUAUUCCGGUUUCGUAUUUGAACCAUCCUUCAUUUCAAGAGUUGCUUUUUCAAGCCGAAGAAGAAUUUGGUUUUGAUCAUCCUAUGGGAGGACUAACUAUUCCGUGCAGUGAAGAUUUGUUCAUGGGAAUUUUAUCAGGUCACACCAGAAAAAGACUCAUAAGAACAAUUUCGCCAAGGAAAAACACGGCAAGCUCGACUUUUAACGAUGUCCCGAGAGGCCAUUUUCCGGUUUACGUAGGCGAAAACUUGCAAACA